UUAUGUACAGUUGUUCAUAUAUAUUCAUUUUGUGUAGUAUUAUAGUGCUCUUUAAAAUGUAUUUUUUGUUUACAUUAGUUAUUGUGUUCUUCACUAUAUUUUUUUUAAAACCUUGUUUAACAAAAUAUCGAAAGAAUAAGCGGAUAUCGUAUUAUAUUGAUGUCUUGCCUGGUGAAAAGUGUUACCCUAUUAUAGGAUCUUCCUUAUCUUAUUUAAAAAUCAAAAGAGAAGAUUUAUUUGAGACUGUGUCAAAAAAGCGUCAUGCGCAAUAUGGUCCUAUUGUAAGAAAUUGGUAUGGAUCAUUUCCUGUUGUACACAUCUAUAAGCCUGAACAUGCACAGGUUAUUUUUAAAAGCGGCACCAUUAUCAAUAAAGGAAACGUUUACAGGUUUCUUUUUCCAUGGUUAGGACAAGGCCUUAUUUCUGGAAGUGGUUCUACAUGGAAGGCCCAUCGAAAAAUCAUCACGCCCUCCUUCCACUUCAAAAUCUUGGAUAACUACGGUGAAAUUUUUGCUGAAAAAAGUGAAGCUUUCGUCAAAUACUUAAAAAAGUACGAUGGUCAGGAUUAUUUUGAGGUUACGAAUGUGAUUGCGAAAAUCGCUUUAGAUAUUAUCUCAGAAACUGCUAUGGGUGUGAAAUUACACCUACUAGAAAGUGGAAAUGAAGGAACCGAAUACGCCAAUGCUUUAAGCGAUUUCUGUGAAAUUGCUUGCUCUCGUAUAAAAAAUUUGUUACUCCAAAACGACCUGAUAUUUAGAUUUACGAAACAGGGAAGAAAAUCUCAAAAGGCCUUAGACAUAAUUCAUAGCUUUAAUAAAAAAGUGAUAACACAAAGAAAAGAAUAUUUCCAAAAAAAUAAAAACGAACUCCUUGUGGAAGAUGAACUGGGCAGGAAACAAAAAGUUUCUUUCCUUGAUAUGCUGCUGGUUCAUCAGGAAAAUAACAAUUUCACCGAUACUGAAAUUGAACAUGAAGUGAACACAUUUUUAUUUGGGGGACAGGACACGACAGUUGCCACUCUAACAUUCGCUUUUGUUGCAUUAGGAAAUUAUCCUGAUAUUUUAAAACGCGUCCAGGAAGAGUUAGACCACAUAUUUGCAGAUGACCCAUUUAGAAAAAUCACCCCAAAAGAUAUUAAUGAAAUGGAAUAUCUAGACAGAGUUGUUAAGGAAGUUUUAAGAUUCUUUUGCUUCGUUCCAUUUUUAGGCAGAUAUCUUGAAGAAGAUGUGGAAAUAGAUGGAGUACUAAUUCCAAAAGGUGUUAAUGUGAUUAUUGAUCUUUUUGACUUGCAUCAUGACCCAGACCAUUAUCCAGAGCCAUACAAAUUUGAUCCUGAUAGGUUUCUUCCAGAAAAUUCUGCAGAAAGGCAUCCAUAUGCUUAUGCUCCAUUUAGUGCUGGAGCAAGAAACUGCUUGGGUCAGAAAUUCGCCAUACGAAACGUGAAGACUUUGUUAUCAUAUAUCUUGAGAAAGUACAACGUUAAAUGCCAAGAGCAUCCUGAGGAUUUACGGUAUUACGCGGAUAUCGUUUUAAGGCCUCAGAAUGGCGUGCACAUAAAAAUUGAGUCUAGAAAGUAAAAUAUUUACUAACUUAAAGAGUUUUUUCACUAAAGUGGUUUACAAUAGAGAAAUGAUGAUAACAUAGGAAAAAAGCAUGUAAAUAUUUAGAUGAUACACUAUUCUGCACAUAAAACUUGUUAGAACAAAACAAUGUAAUUUUUUAAGUGAAAUAGGAUUUAAGACCUAAAAUUGUAAAUUUACUACCAUAUUGUCUAGAAUCUCCAAUGAAGCAGAAUGCGAGAUAUUAUUAUAUUCUUUUUAAAUUAAAUAUACAUAUAAAGACAAUAAAA